GUGGGCGGAGAGUUUGAAGUGGUUGCUUCAUGGAAACUCAGUAUCAGUCACACCCGCACGCGCGCUCACACGCACACACAAACUGGGCCGCUCACAGUGGGCUACAUCACUUCCUGUGGAUGGAAAAGUGGAGCUAUUACUUCCAUCCCCUCGAAGAAAGAACACGAGAGGAACGGGCGCCGAAACAGGCAGAGACGGGACACGGAGGGAACCGAGGGGCUCGAGGACACGCGAUUGGACGUUGGUUUGGGCCAACAGGUGGAAUAACGGUUAGAGUUACCAUCUUCAGAGUUGAAGAAUCGCGGUUUGAAUCCCUCUGCCUGAGCAAGGUCUCUCUCCAUAAGCUGUGGCUCACUUGCUGGCUCUACAGUUGGCGUCAAUUCCAGGGCCAGAGGGUUGGGAACGCAUCCAUGUUCGGGAGGGGAUAAAAACAGGCUGUUGCUUCUUCCCUAUCCUGCGGACGGCUCGGCCACUGGGUCGUGUCUCACCAUAGCGAGCUGAGUGGAGAGCCGUGUAUCACCGCCCUGGUCUACAGGCACCCCCCUCCCCUGCCCCAUCUGUGUCUCUGAAGAAAGCCAACGGUUCUUCUGGACUCUGGAAAGCGUUGUUCAGACACCAUAAAUCUCGCAGAGGAGAAGGCACUCUCGAAUGUAAAUGCGUCAGUAACUUUUUUUUUUUGGAAAGAUAUUUGUUUGUUUUUGUUAUUCCAUAUUUUCUGCACUCCUGAGCAGUUGGUGCGGGAGCUGCUGUGAGAUCAAGGGGUAAGCACUUUCCUGCACGGCACCCCGAGGCGGACAUGGCUGCAGUGUGGCAUCCAGCUGGGUGCUAGAUGGGACUUGCAUCGGUGAUGCCGCGUCCUACCAACUCGCAUUGUACCUCUUGAGCUGUGGCACCAACCAGCGGAGCACCAGAAUGCUCACAACAAUGAUCUGGAAAUAGAGGAAACAUCAGUUUGUCUUUCAUUUGUUUUUCAGUUCCCAUCAUAACAAUUUGUUUUAUUUAUUUAUAUAUAUAUUUUUUUAAACCUACGCUCAGCCAGCUUGCCUGAAGUGCCUCUCCCCCCCCAUAGUUCACUGUUUAUGAUCAAGUUAGUUGUAAUUUUAUGUAUUGACAGGGCAGGUUCCCAGUGCUCUGAAGUUGGAGACUGAAUUUAAUUACAAGGCAGCAAGACUCAGUUUCCUUUUUGCGCAGAGGCAGCAUAGUUUUUGGCUCAGCUGUGCAGUCGAACCCUCUCCAGCACUGUGCGCUUGACUUGGGUAUUGGCUGAUUAAUACAGCCAAUUACACGGUCCAGCAUAAAUCCACCUUCAAGUCAAAUGAAUAACCUGUGUGGAAAGAGUGUCUGACGCAAUUCAGUGGAGGGAAUGCUGCUGCCAGGAAGUGUUAAACACAAUUUUUUUUGGGUCCAACCUCAGAAGCAAAGAUAAGUUAUCUUAAAGAGAGUCUGUGAUCAGUCAGUCUUUCUAAAACUGUUAUUGUUUCUACCUGGAGCACAGCACAGAAGCCAUGUCAAAUUUACAGUCUAAAUGGCGAUACCUGGUGAUGAUUCUGGGCAUCCAACUGGUCGUCAUGGCGCUGCUCUCCAGGGAGGGUUACCAAAAGAGGGUUACGUACUUUUUCCGGAUUUUCCGGAGGGGAGAUGCUGGAGGCUCCGUGCGGAACCAGACGGUGCGAGACGUGUAUGCCAACCUGUCGCUCCUGACCAAGGGCCUGGCAAAUGAGGACAGCUUACCUUACUGCCCCCAGAAAUCUCCCCUGAUCAACGGCCCUUUCCACGUGACCUUCCCAUCCGGCCUGACCCUCGCUCAAGUGGAGAGGAAGAACCCACUGGUGGUGCGAGGCGGCCGCUACCGGCCGCCAAACUGUGAGUCGCACCACCGCACCGCCAUCAUCAUCCCGCACAGGAACCGGGAGCAGCACCUUAAGUUCCUGCUGUACUACCUGCACCCGUUCCUGCAGCGGCAGCAGCUGAACUAUGGCAUCUAUAUCAUCCACCAGGCUGGGAACUACACGUUCAACCGGGCAAAGCUGAUGAAUGUGGGCUUCCGGGAGGCCAUGAGGGAGGAGGACUGGGACUGCCUUUUCUUCCACGAUGUGGACCUGAUCCCUGAGGAUGAUCGCAAUACUUACACCUGUGAAGCCCACCCCAAGCAUGCUGCCAUUGCCAUGGACAAGUUUGGCUACAAGCUUCCCUAUAAGAUGUAUUUCGGAGGUGUUUCCGCCCUCACCCCUCAGCAGUACCUCAGAAUGAACGGUUUCCCCAACAACUACUGGGGCUGGGGUGGCGAGGAUGAUGACAUUGGACUCAGAGUGUCCCUGAGUGGGAUGCUGAUAUCUCGGCCAUCUCUGACUGUGGGCCGCUAUAAGAUGAUCAAACACAAGCUGGACAAGGGAAACGAAGAAAACCCCCGAAGGUUCAACAUGUUGGCGAAGACCAGGCACACAUGGAGGAAUGAUGGGAUGAACAGCGUGCAGUAUGAGGUUCUGUCACGAGAGUACCUGCCCCUCUACACCAACAUCACUGUCAACGUUGGCACUCAGAAAGGCCUCCAGCCCUUCAACUCCAAGGCCCCCACGCAGGCGCCAUCUCCUGUGAAGCAACCAGAAAGUCACGUCGAAACUUCCAUCAGCAAAGUCAGGAGCACAAAUUCAUAGGCAAUCCUCCACAUCGUGCUCCUUUACAGAAAGCAAAUAUAACUGGAAAUGAAAGGGCCUAAGAAAGUGAACUGAUAUUUUCCACCAUUUGCCUCCCUCUUUGCCCCUUCUCUCUAUCGAUUUUUGCCCUUGCAGUCUGACUCAUCAGUCUAAACAUCAUCACCAGAAGCACUUUAACCCAUGACUCUUUGGCUUUCUGUGACUGGUCCAAAUGGAGGAGGAGGUUGGCCGUUGUGCUGUUAUAAUAACGCUGUUAUGUCACUCCAGAGCCCAGUCCAUGUUAUUGUGCACACUCCAGUUUCAGCUCACCUCUUUUUUACUAUGAGGACUUUUUUCCAUGCAUUUUAAUAGUGCAAAUGAAGCAGAAAAGACAGGGCGUGAAAUCAUAUCCACAGCUCUAAGAAGGCUGUUUGUGCCUUUGUUGCCUUAGCUCUCAUCCUGUCCAGAUUGUCAUCCUGUCUCUUACUUCUUGUUUUGGGUCCAGAUUGUGGUGGUAGCACUGGUUUCCAGUACUUACAGGUCCCUUUAGUGUCACUUGUCUGUUUUCAGAUUCUAGAUUUAAAAUUUUACCUGAGUGUCACAGUGGCACGUAUCACACGUUUAAAGUGCUCUAAGACUGGUAUUUGCUCAUUUUCAUAUGAAAGUAACAGGACUGCUAUAUUUUUUCAGGUAUUUUGACACACAGAAAAGAAAUGACUAUAAAGUACACCCAGAAUUCAUAUCUGUACAGUAUUGUUUUUUUCUCAACAGCAGUCCUCAUCUACAGCUAUACUCUACAUUGUGACUCAGAAGAUGAUCACAAUCACUACUGCCUUGCACAACACUAAUCGUACCUUUUUACUUUUCAUUUAUGCCCUUUUUGCUCAUCUGUAAAAUUGUACGUUAAUUUGCCUUUGUUCAACAGAACGGAUGACAAACUCACUGCCUUUUGUGAGAACCAUCUGUGUCUGUUUUCAUGCAGUGCUGCUCCUUUGCCUUUUCAAUGCUGUCACAGUUCAGUCUUGCAUUGAAUAGUUGGUUUUGAAUAGUGGGAACAAGGGAAUCGGUGUAAACUAGGGGCUCCUUUGCUUUUCCUGAAACGACUGAGCAUCUGCUGGUAGUCCCUAACUGCCCAUGGGUCUGCUCCAUACUGGAUGCCCCAGAAUGUGUUCUGGGCUCUCUGCUGCUUCUCAGCUGUCCCAAUAUGAGCAGCACUGACCACAGGGAAAUGUAGUUGGUUCCUGAUGGGGAGCCCUGUGACAUGAAAGGGGAGACCACAGGAGAGGAAGCUGGAUCCCAAACAGUUUUUAGAGAUAAACUUGACAGCAGGGAGACUGCACUAAGUGGAAUGUGAAAGAGCUGUGGUCCCAACCUCUGCAUUGAACUAGAAGGAGAAGGCAUGUGCCUGUAGAGAGAGUGUCCAAGGUUUGUCGCACUGAAGCCAAAGAUAAUGCAGCCUCUUAUGAGUAGCCUGCGAGUGUGGUCAACUGGGUAUUGCUCUCUGAUAGGAACAGCAAGGAAUGCACUGUGGUCACAUGCAUGAAGAUGGUAACCUUCAUUCAUGGAUGCAGUUCCUGUCAGCUUGGGGUGGAACCAUACAAAUGUAAAAUGGGAACACUGAUCUCCACUCUCUCACUAAGAAUGUGCUUGGGCUGGAAUCUGUCACAUUACAUUGCCCAAGAUAUGCAUGUAAGAAAGUACCGAAGCAGUGCCCAUAGUAGUGUUUUAUUAGUACCUAAUCUCUCAGGAUGGGUUCAGGAAAAUAUUGUGAAUAUUCAUGAGCCUUUCUGUCAAUCUUGUCCUGUAGCCUUACUUUACCACAUUACAGAGAUGCCACUGUGUCUGUUGCUUGACCCGAUCAUACCAUAUGACAAUGACUGGGGGUACAGUUUGGGGCUGGUCCAACAGCAGUUUGAGCUCUCAGAAGGGCAGUGUGUCUCUUUAGCAGGACAAUGUAGAACAUUUUAGUUUCUUUCCUUCUCUUCCAAAAAGUCUGCACAGUCCAGAGUGGCCUUAAAACUAUUAUUAAUAGUAAAAAAAAAAAAAUGAAUACCAAGAUGCCUGUGUGUGUU